AUGCCAUCAAAAGAAAAAAAUCCUGAGACUGCUACUAUUGGUAGUGACCCAAAUAGCAAAUUAAGAAAUGAAACUAAACUACUAAGAGACACUUUAGAUUUACUAUGGAAUAAGACAUUGGAGCAACAACAACUUUGCGAACAGUCGGAGAAAGAAAACGAAUAUCUACAAGAAUAUAUCAACAGUUUAAUGGCCUCUAGUAAUGUAUUAGAUAGACAAUGA